AUAAAGUAAAAAAUGUCCAAACAGUCUAAUCAAGUACAAGAUAAAUAGAUGUAAUGGUCAAAUCAAAAAGAAAGAAGAAAGAAAUUAAUUUUAGACAGUCCAGAUACUAAAGAGACUGUAACUAUUCUACCUAAACAAGUAAGAUUUUGUUCUUAAUUAAGUAAUAAAAAAUACCUAGUUCAAACAAAUUACCUAAACAUUUUAUUUCUGGACCAAAGAAAAAAGCUAGAUUAAAAUAAUAAACAUAAGAAGAAUGUCCUAUUUGUAUGUUGAAUUUAGAUGAUGUAUAAAAUGUUUGUGAAAUUGAUGUUUGUAAACAUUAGAUAUGUUCAACUUGUAUUAAAGAAUGGGCAGAAAAAUAUAAAACACAAUGUCCUUGUUGUCGAGCAAAAUUCAAUUACAUCUAUCCAAUAAAAGAUGGAAAAAGAGAAAACAACCCAAUAUAAUUAAAUUUAAAUUUACCAAAAUGGAAUUAAGAAGAUGAUGAAUUUUAUGAAGAUGAAAGUGAUUAUGAUGAUGAAGAGAGAUGCUAAGUAUGUUAAUGUUCACACACUCCUUAUUUAAUGUUGAUAUGUGAUAAAUGUAAUGAUGCAUUUUGCCACACUUUUUGUGAUCCUGCUUAAUUAGAAUUUAAUGUUCCUAGUAGUAAAUGGUAUUGUUUGGAUUGCAGAAAAUCUAAAUUUAUUUACUAUAAACAUAAGUGA